UGAGUGGUGGUGCCUUUUUUUUGAUUAUUUUUUUUUUUGGUAAAACAGGAACCAGAAAUUUUUUAAUCCAAAAUAUAAAAAAAUAAAUAUUUCUGUCGUUUUCAUUUUCUACCAAAACUUUUGUUUUUUUUCUGGUGUUAUUCUUCAUUUAUACAACAUUUGUUUUUAGUUGUUGUUAAGUCAGUCUAAUUUCCAGUUUUAAGAAGAAAUAAUCUCAUAAGAAAUCAUCUAGUGAUAGAUUGCAGUCCCCUUACGUCAAAAUCGAACUAGUCUAAAUCGAAUCGCUCCCACCAAUAGCCCAAAAAAAAGGUUUUGAGGAGAUUCUGUCAUUCAGGAAAAUUUGAAACUGUCAACAAAUAUUUAACAAUAUUAUAAGAGAAACAACCAUAUUCCCCACCAAUUAAUCCAAUCAUUCACUCAUUCAUUCAUACUUUUACUGUCGUCUAUUCAUUACCAUAUAUCAAAAAUAAAAAAAUCCAGUUCAAAUGUUUACUAUGAUUGAUCGAACUUCAGAUAUUUUACAAAAUUCGGCAUCUAAAUUACAAGAUUCCCCUCCUCAACAACAAUCACUGCCACUUCCAGGUGCACCAUUAUCAUCCAAUACCAAUCAUAUUCAGUAUCAACGUCUGAUUCAUCAUCAACAUCAAGAUGAAGAACAACAUCAACAUCAACAGCAGCAACAAGCCUCAAUGAAACCAAAAUCAAAACGAUCUUCAAAGGGAAGAGUAUUCCAAUGUACAGGUUACCCUGGAUGUAAUAUGUCCUUUACAAGAUCAGAACAUUUAGCCAGACAUAAAAGAAAACAUACUGGUGAAAGACCAUUUACUUGUCCUUAUUGUUCAAAGAAUUUCUCCAGAUUGGAUAAUUUAAGACAACAUAAACAAACUGUUCAUGCUUAUGAAUCUUACGUUAAAAAAGAUGAUGAUUUAAAUGAUAAUAAUAAUAAUGGUAAUGGUAUAUCUAACCCAAUUACCCCAAAUAAUCCAUUAUUUAAUCAACCUGGUGGUUCAUCUUCACCUCAGCACUUACAUCCACAUCAUCAUCUUGCUCAUCAUCAUUUACUCCAUUCUCAUCAUCCUCAUCAUGUUUCUAAUAUAUCGUCUGCAUCUAAUUCAACUGGAGCUUCUACUUCAUCUUCAUCAUCAUCUCCUUCAUCGUUAAUAUCACCUCCAAAUCUGCAAUCCCCUCAUUAUCAAUUACAAGGAUCCAUCCAAUCUUAUGACAUAAAUGGUAGUUCAAGUCAUAAUAGUAGUACUACAUCUGGAAAUAAUAGUUUAUUAAAAUUACCUACUCAUGAAUUCAAACCAAAAAGAAGACCAAGACCAUUAUCUUUACUGCAUUCAUUUGUCACUAAUUCAUCAAGUAUGAAAGGAAUAUCAUCACCUAUUAUAUUAAGUGGAGAUUUAAAAUCUGCUCCACCAAUCAGUGGGUUAAAUCCAAAUUCAUCAAUGUUAAGUGCAUCAUUAUCAUCAGCUUCUCCAUCUUAUUCAUAUCCAGUACCUCCAUUAUCGGCUGGAGCUCAUAUACCAAAAUCAUCAUUAAUUUCAUUAACUCCAAAUUUAGUAAGUCCAUUAUCACCAUUAUUCCAUCAAUCAUUUAGUCAAACCACCAUAAAGAAUAAUAGUAGUAGUUCACCUUCUAUUCCUCAUCAUUUACAUCCACAUCAUCCUCAUCAUCAUCAUGUAUAUCAUCAAGUUCCACCUCCUCAACCUCAAAAUGGUAAUGGACCUCAUAAAAUGUUACCACCAAUUGUUCAAAUCAGACAACUACUGCAACUGCAACAACAAAAUGAAUCUACUAAAGUAUGGUUAAAGGGAGUUUUAAAUGAUGAAAAUAAUGCUAGUAAUAUAACAACUACAACCUUACCCAUAAUAAAGAAUGAAGGAAUUAAUUCAUCGUCAUCUUCAUCAUCAUCAAUUUCAUCCGCAUCAUCAGCCUCAUCUAUACUACAUGGAGGAGAAAAUGGACAUAGUAAUGGUGAUACUAUUAUGAAUGAUUCUACAAAUGGUGAAGAAAAUGAAGAAGGUAAGACUUCCAAGAAGCCAACUAUUAAUAGCUUAUUAUCACCAAAUUAAUGAUAGAGUAAAAGGGUCUGCUCUGCCAAGUAAAGUCCAACUUAAGGAAGAAAAAUCAGGGGAUUGAUAGUGUUGAUGGAAAGCUUAUUAAUAUUUGACUUUGUUAAGACCCACCACCUCCUGGUGCUUAAUAAUUUAGACUACAGCUGAAUUUUCGAUUGUUUUCUUAUUUUUUAUGAAUUGGAGGUUAUUUUGGAGGAGGAAGAAGAAGGAAAAAAAAAUAAAAAUAAAAUUAAAAAUAAAGAAAUAAAAAAAAGAGAGAGAAAGCACAAGAAAAAAAAAAUAAAAAUAAAAUUUUUUUGUCGUUUGUCGUUAAACAAAAAUUAAAAAAAAAAAAUAAAUAA